GGGAGAGGGAGGGGUGGAGGAGGCCGGAGAAGGACGCAUAUUCAUAAAUGCUGCGGACGGGCGUUUCUGAGCGCCGGAGAUGGCCGGAUGUUGGAAACUAGUCGGGGAAGACUUGGUGGAGGAGGAGAAGGAGCAUCCCGACGGCGCGGCGACCCGCGAGGCCGCGGCCCCGGCCCCGCUGCCGCCCGGCUGGCAGACCUACCUGUCUCCCCAGGGACAUCGCUACUAUGUCAACCCCGCCACCAACGAGACUACCUGGGUGCGACCCCAAGGAUCUCCUGGGACCGGUUCCCCCGCGAGCCCCGGCCGGAAGACCAGCUCUCCGUCUGCAGCAGUGAACGGAUUCCACGCCACGGGCCCGCUCCCGUCCCAGACAGAACCCGCCCCCAUGAGUCUCCGCAAACCACUCAGCGACUCCCUGGGCCCGGGGGCUCCGUCUCCGGGGAAGAAGUCCAGCAAGGAUAGGACCAUCACGAUCAACUGCGUGACUUUCCCCCACCCGGACACAAUGGCCGAGCAGCAGCUGCUGAAACCCACGGAGUGGAGCUACUGUGACUAUUUCUGGGCAGACAAGAAGGACCCCCAAGGGAACGGCAGCGUGGCGGGGUUCGAGCUGCUGCUGCAGAAGCAGCUGAAAGGGAAACAGAUGCAGAAGGAGAUGUCCGAGUUCAUCCGGGAAAGAAUCAAGAUCGAGGAGGACUACGCUAAGAACCUCUCCAAGCUGUCGCACAACUCUCUGGCCGCCCAGGAAGAGGGCUCCCUGGGAGAGGCCUGGACGCAGGUGAAGAAGAGCCUGGCGGACGAGGCCGACGUCCACCUCAAGUUCUCCGCCAAGCUCCAGAGUGAGGUGGAGAAGCCGCUGAUGAACUUCCGGGAGAACUUCAAGAAAGACUUGAAGAAGUGCGACCAUCACAUCGCAGAUCUACGCAAGCAGCUGGCCAGCCGCUAUUCCUCGGUGGAGAAGGCCCGGAAGGCCCUGACCGACAGGCAGAAGGACCUGGAGGUGAAAACGCAGCAGCUGGAGAUCAAGCUCAGCAACAAAACGGAAGAGGACAUCAAAAAGGCCCGGCGAAAGUCCACGCAGGCUGGAGAUGAUCUGACGCGCUGCGUAGACCUCUAUAACCAGGCCCAGUCCAAGUGGUUUGAAGAAAUGGUGACCGCCACCCUGGAGCUGGAGAGGCUGGAGGUGGAGCGGGUGGAGAUGAUCCGGCAGCAACUAUGCCAAUACACGCAGCUGAGGCACGAGACCGACAUGUUCAACCAGAGCACCGUGCAGGCCGUGGACCAGCUGCUCCGGAAGGUGGACCCCGCCAAGGACCGGGAACAAUGGGUGAAGGAACACAGGACGGGAGCCAUCCGGCCCGUGGAUUUGGAGAUCUAGGGCCGCCCGGGGCGCGGGUCAGGGGACCGGCUGAGGGGCCGGCCGGGACCGGGCGCCCCGUGGCAGCCGCUCCCCCCGUGGGCGAUUCUACCCCGGCUGAGGAGAGACGGACGGAGGCCUGCCCCUCCUCCCUUCCACCGGAUCUGUGCUCUGGCCGCAUCCCAGCAUCUCCUGCUCCAGGCGGGGGCCGCGGGCCACGCGGGACCGGUCUGCGUUGGACCUGAGGCGGGCGGGUGCCCCUCGGGCCGGGCCCCUCCCGUCCCCGCUGCCCCCUCUGCCCCCUUCACGGACACCCUGAACUGCCCGGCCCCUCGCCCCGCUGAUCCGUCCCCCCACCCCGGCGCCGGGAUCCUGGACCAACUACCUCAUGCAGCCGCCCCUGCCCCUCGGGCCGUCCCGUCGCGGGCGCCGGGCCGGGUCCGCGGCUCUGCGUCCCCCGGCCCCUGCCGGUCCGGCCCCUCUCAUCUCUGCCCCCCGGGGCCGGCAGAGGCCGGGGCCGACCGGCCGCCUCCGGCCACCCGGGCCCCCGGCCUCCGGUUGGCACCCGCUCCCGGUCCAGCGUGGGGUUCCGAGGCCUCGAUCCCGCCCCUCCCCAGGCUGUUCCCACCCUCGGUCCCUCCCCUGCCC